GAGAAAAGAAAAGAAUAAAAAAAGCCAAUACGACUUGGCAUCUAAAAUUAGCUAAGCAACGAACAAAAUCUAACAAUAUUGGUUGAGCAUUGCUUCCUUUUUCUUCUUGUUGAUCUCCUCAGGUUUUGAGACUUGCAUUCUUUGGCAACAAUAUACAGACUGGCGAGUUGCAGGGCCACACACAAUCAUGGUCGUCCAGAGUCCAGGGAUGCUUGCCAAGUAAUGGAUUCAGCUGGCAAGUGAGAGCAUAUACUACUAGUUUUUUGGUACCGACAACCCGUUAUUAUGCUCUUAAGAUUUAUGUUUCAGCUUCUUCACUACGAUGGAUAAGUUAAGGAGUAUGUACUAUGAUUGAUAUUUUUCAAUUUAAUUUUUUAGUUUGAGAAUAUUGAGCUAACGUUAGCUACAAGUGCAAUUAUGAGGAGUCUACUCUCAACCCGCAAUCCCUCUUGGAGAGGCUUUUCAUCAUCAGCAUCUUGUUUGCUUAAAGUUGGAGAUUCAUUAAAGCAAACAAGAAUUUUCUCAAAUGAAGAUGUAGUGGAAUAUGCUAAGGUUACUUUCGACUAUAAUCCUGUGCAUUUCGAUUCGGAGUCUGCUCGAAAUGCUGGAUUUGAAGAUAGAUUAGUUCAUGGGAUGCUUGUUUCUUCCUUGUUUUCUCGAAUCCUAUCCUCUAAUUUUCCAGGAGCUAUACAUGUUUCCCAGAGCCUGCAUUUCAAGUUGCCAGUCUAUAUUGGAGAAGUGAUUGUAGCUGAGAUGCAAGCUUUUACCUUAAGAAGAAUCAAUAACAGAUACCUAGCAAAAUUCAGUGCGAGGUGCUUCAAGAAUGGAGACCUUCUUGCUCUUGAUGGUGUGACAGUGGCCAUCUUACCUACAUUAGCUAUGGCGCAAGUGCAUCCUUCAGGAUGAUAAAAUGAGAAAGGUGGUAUAAUUCAAGUGCCCAAAAAUGGAACUCAUCACUAGGCAUCUUGAAGUCAGCUGUACCAAAGCUCACGAAUGAAGCACUUUAAGCUGAUGAUUAUGAUAUCAUUGCCAAGGCACUUCACUAUGAUUUGCUCCUUUUACCCCCCACAUUUUGAAAUUUGUUUGGCCUGUGAGAGUUAAAACUUACAGAAUGUACCAAGUCUAGGUAAUCUAUAGUGCUGGAUUUUCAAGUUGUAAACAUCACACUAGAAGAAUUACCACCACUACUGAUAUAUGGCCUUUAGCAAAGGGUUAGUCAUCUACAUUCCUAAAAUUGGCUCAAAAAUUCAAAGAAAAUACCAUUUUGGCGGAUGGUCACCUGUCUAAAUAGCAAAUUUGACUUUUUGUUUUAGAAAACUUUAAUAGUAAUCCCACUAAAAUGAAUGAUCUACUUGAUUUUGGUCAAUAUUUGUAUGAUAAGAUAUUUUUACCUUGUUUUAUUAUAAUUAAUAAAAUUUAAUUAUUUUUAAACUAAUAA